UCAUCCAGAUUUUGCCGGAUAUCGUCCACCUUGCUAAGGCACAAGUUGACACUGACUGCUUGAGACACUGGCUGGUUUGCAAGAAAAAUGGAAGUUAUUCAGCUGGGGGAUGUCGACUUGAAUUGUCCUCAGAACUGCAAAUGCCAUAACACCCACUUCUUCGGUACUGACAGACAGACAGUGAGGAGAGGCCAGGCCUUUGACUUAUAUGUGCAUUUCCAAAACCGGGAAUGGGAUGACUCCAUGGACAAGAUCUCAUUCACUGUAGAGACAGGCCUCAGACCUUGUGAAUCCAAGGAGACGAAGUGUACCUUUCCUCUGGGCAGAUGUAUAGAUCAAACCUGCUGGAGUGCUUGCUACAAACCUCAUCAGCAACGAUGUAUAAACAUCAGUGUGUUUCCACCAAUAGACGCCUGUAUUGGCCGCCACAUUCUCAAUAUCAGCAUCACAUCUUGUGAUCGCACAUUUCAGCGGUGCCUUGGAGACUUUGACAUCCUCUUUAAUCCUUGGUGUGCUGAUGACCCCGUGUACAUGGACAAUCAGGCUCACAGAGAAGAAUAUGUUCUGAAUGAACAUGGGAUGCUGUACGAGGGAGUACACAAGCACAUUACUUCUAGACCGUGGCACUUUGGACAGUUUGAAAAUGGGAUUCUGGAUAUCUGCCUGAAGGUCUUGGAUAUAGGUUCAAAUUACCACCAAGGCUCUGAACGAGGUUGUCGCUGGCGUAAUGAUCCUGUGCAUGUCAGUAUGGUGGUAAACCACAUACUUUGUGGCCAUCACAGUAACAGCAUCAUGAAGCUCCCAGACAACAAUGAUUACCUGAAGGGAACUAACCCAUUAACAUGGAAUGGAAGUGUCCCCAUUCUUCAACAGUGGUAUAAUGGAAGGUGUAGGCCAGUCAGAUUUGGAGACUGUCUCACUCUUGCAUCAGUGAUGUGCACAGUGAUGAGGUGUUUGGGAAUUCCAAGCCGUGUCAUAACAAAUUUCUGUUCUCCACACUGUGCUGAGAACCCCCUUGCUGUCAAUGAACUUUUCGACUCUACUGGCAAAACCCUGUGUGGAAAAGACAAAUUAUGGGCAUAUCACUGCUGGAAUGAAUCCUGGAUGGCUCGCAGAGACCUAGGUCUCUGCAGUAGUAACUGGCAAUGUCUGGAUCCAACACCCAUGGAGUCUGGAAGAGGUUCAGCUUGCUGUGGCCCUACCUCAAUCAGAAGUGUUAAAGAUGGAGAACUGGAUUUGGACUAUGAUGGCCAACAUAUAUUUUCUCGUCUGAAUGCAAGCUGUAUUGGUUGGCUUUCCAAAAACAGUGACAAGAAAGAAAAACUUUGCUAUGAUGCUUGGCUUUGUGGGCAGUGUGUUAGCACUAAGUCUGUUGGCAAUGAUUGUUGUGAAGAUAUCACUGGAGCAUACAAAUAUGAAUUUGGUUCUCUGAAAGGCAAAGAGGCAUUUUACAAAGCUUAUAGAAGAAUUCACUCUGGAUACUGCAAUGCUUCUAACUGUCAUAUAGAUAGAGAUUUAGCAGCUCUCCAAAGCCCGUUCUUAAGCGAUGCUGGUGUGAGCAUGAGGUUUAAGAUGGUUAAUUGCCCUAUGUAUGGCCAAGAUGUCCAUCUUCAUUGGUUGCUUGAAAAUUUACGAAAUGAGCCCAAGAACCUGAAUUUCAAUCUAUGCACUCAGGUGUUAACACACAAUGGAUGUGCUCUGGAUCAGUUCUGGAAGGAAAAUAUAAAUGUUGCACUAGGUCCAAGGGAAGCAAAAACAAUCCCAUUACAUAUAUCUUAUAAUCAAUAUGGCCAUCAUCUGGGUGAUCACAACAUUAUGAGGUUGGUAGCUAUCUCUGAUCCAGAGUGUGGAGGAGAAGUUCUGGUGGUGAAAAGGGACAUUGUGAUCAACAGGCCUACUGUUGCUAUUAAGCUCUUAGGUCUACCUAGGCUGAAUGAACCAUGUACUGCAGAAAUCUCCUUCUGCAAUCCCCUCCAGGAAGAUCUGAAGAAUUGUGUGCUGAACCUGGAAGGCUGUGGCUUAUUCAAAGAGCCAAUGACUGUUGAUUUAGGAACCUUGGCUUCCAAUCACCAAACACGGACUGUAGUGGAGUUUAUACCCUAUAGGCAUGGUUGCCACCGGCUCUUAGCCAACUUUGCAUGUCACAGGUUUGGUUACUGCAAAGGUUAUGCCAGUGCUGAUGUGUGUGAUCCAAGGUGCAAUUCAGUGUCCUUCCCUGUGUGCAACUCAGGGACUCUCCCAGUGUGUGACUCUGGCUCCCUCCCUCAUGGAGAUUCAUAUGUGGACUAUAUGUGCAUCCCCAUGUGCACCUCUGGGAAUGGCUCUGGGAGCCAGCCCACAUUUGACUAUGUGUACCUCCCUGUGGGACAUCCCCUGUGCAGUUCUUUGAGCCAGUCUGAUUCUGGCUUCCAUAUUAUAUGUGACACUAUGCCUUCUGCCAUGAGUGCCCCCAUGUUUCAUUCAGUGAGUGGUUCUGUAUCUGCCCCAGCAUCCAGCCCCCUGUGCCGCCCAGUGACGCAGGUUGUUGGUGGCUCUGCUUCUGCUCCAAUUCCUCACCCUGUCCAACCCCCAAUGCCUUACUCUCUGUCUAUCCCAGCAAACAAUGCUAUGUCUGCUCUGCUCUCACACUUCAUGACUGGCUCUCCUAACAGUUCAGCUUACUACCCUGUUCACACCCCUGUGUCUCACAGUGUAUCUGGCACUAUGCCCACCUCAGCCUCCCAUCCACCAAGUGCCCUGGUGUCCCAUGCUGCUUGUAGCUCUGUGUCCACCCCAGCAUCCCACCUCCUAAAUGCCCCAGUGUCCCAUGCUGCCUGUGGCUUUAUGUCCACCCCAGCAUCCCAUCCCCUAAAUGGUCCAGGGUCCCAUGCUGUGUCUACUCCAGCCUCUCGCCCUAUUUGCACCCCAGUGUCCCACGCUAUGUCUACUCCAGCCUCUCACCCUAUUUGCACCCCAAUGCCCCAUGCUAUGUCUACUCCAGCCUCUCACCCUAUUUGCACCGCAGUGUCCCACACUAUGUCUACUCCAGCCUCUCGCCCUAUUUGCACCCCAGUGCCCCAUGCUAUGUUUACUCCAGCCUCUCAUCCUAUUCGUGCCCCAGUGUCCCACACUAUGUCUACUCCAGCCUCUCACCCUAUUUGCACCCCCAUGUCCCAUUCUAUGUAUGGCCUUGCGUCCACUUCAGUAUCCCACCCUUUGAGCAUUCCAGUGUCCCGUGCAGUGCAUGGCUCCAUAUCUAAUGCAACAUCUCGCUCAGUAAGCAUUCCCAUGGCUCGCUUUGUGGGUCCCUCUGCCCCUUCCCCAGUGGCUCGGUCUCUGUCUCACUCAGUGUGUGGCCCUCACUGGGGUCCCUUAGGCAGUACAGUGUCCCGCUUUGCUUCACAGUCUGCAUGGGUCUCCAGAGCAGCCCCCGCAUCUCGCUUUCAAUGUAGCUCCAAAUUACGCUCUGCAUAUGGCACUCAGUCCCGCUCUAAGUCCCGUUCUGCAUAUAGUGCUCUGCCCCACUCUGCAUCCCGCUCUGCAUAUGGUACUCUGACCCGUUCUGCCUGGAACUGUACUGUCUAGGCUACUAUGGACACAACUACAUUGGUAGACCAACAAAGACUUAAGCAAAUAAAGCAAGGCUUGUUUGAACUGGGAAGUGUACUUACACCAAGACAUACCAUGCACUGAGGGAGAACAAAGUGUGUGGUUCUGGGACAUUCAUACACCCAUCUGCAAUAUGCCAGGAAACAGAGGACCUCCAGCAGCAGAGAAGGGCAUUUGAUAUUGUGCACAAACUAGAAAGUGAUACUGUGGUAAAAAUGAGCAAGCUCCCAACUUGGAGCUAGAGGGCUUUACAGUCACAGAACUUGGAUUCCAUCAGUCAAUCAGAUUGCUCUUUCAGUCCAAGAUAUUUUAUGAACAGUUUUCUCUCAUCUUCCUUUUCUUUGAUUAGCAGUUUGCACUUCUCACCUAGUUGUUGGUCCUGCUGAGCUAUACUGCUUAUGCCAAAUCACUGUUUUACAUAAAAUGCAUCAAUCUCAGGAUUAUUCAAAUAGAUGUAAAAUAUGAUAAUACAUCAGUGACAGAAACCAUGAGCUCCCUCAGGUCUUGCUUAGCAGGCAUUGGACCCUGAACUGCUGACUUGUUAUGUUAUGUAUCUAUUUUUAUGCUACUAUAUUCCCUUGUUUAUCAGGCUUUGAAAAUGAGGGUGGUUACACUAUAAACUCAUGGGCUAAAAUCAAGCCUGCUUCAUGUUAACUGAAAUCAAAAGAGUUAUUUCACAUUAUCAUAAUUUAGUAUCAUAACUCUUGAUGUAUUCCAGUCCCAGUGUCAAGAAUCCAAUGUGUCAAAUUAAAAAGGCUGCAGUAUUCAGCAAACAAAUUAUUUAAUUACUUCAGACUUUACAAAUGACUUUAUGACUUCUAUAUUGUGCAUACCAAUGCAGCUAUUCUAGUGUGUAUCAUAGGCAUUUAGGUUUAUGAGCUUGAACUUAAUAGCUAGGGACAUUAAUUGCAUAAGCUGGUAUAAGUGAUCAGAUACUGGUUCAAACAACAGAAAUUCAGUGCACAUAA